AUGUCAGAGGAAGAGGCUGAGACUAAAGCCCGUGGUACCAAACGAACUCGCUCUUCGUCUGAUACCCUUUCAUCAGCAAAUGAAGAUGAUGCCGAAAUGAAGCUCGUAUCUCAGGGAUCUCGAGAAUACCUUAAUCCUAUCGUAUACAUUGAAUACGAUCCCAAUAAAUACGGUGACAUCCCGGAAUCCUCCUCUAAUUCAAAAUUAGCAGCAAAAAAUUUAGACUUCUUUAAAUCCGAAAAUUUCAAACCAAAAUUGAGGAUUACAAGAUCAAUGUCGAAAUCUUUAUCUUCUUCCAUUAAAGUCGUGUCAUCAAAUAAAACUGUAUCUGAUGAGCUUAAGACUGUUUCGGGUGAAGCUACCUCCAGUAAUGCCUCUUUUUCGGCUAGCUCCUCUACGGGCAAUGCCUCUUUCACAACGGAAGAAAAAAUCAGUUAUCAAAGAAAAUGGUCUAAUUCUCAACGAUUGCAAUUACUGGAAGCUGUGUUGGAAGAGAUCAAUGUCUUAAAUUGGGAGGCUGUUGCAGAGAAAGUCGACGGUAAAAGUUCGAAGUCGUGCAGGAAUCAUUGGAAAAGAAAAUUGGCUGCUGAUCUAAGAAAUUCAUUGAUUAGUGAUAAAUGA